AUGGCCGCCGCAACUUCCACCUUUAAAUCGCCGCAGCGAUUCCUCUUCAUCGCCUCGAUCGGGAAUCUUCCCGCUCCCUAUACAUUGACGCGACACAGCGCGGGACACUCCCUACUGACGGCCGUCGAGCCGCUACUGCAGGAACGCAUUGGUCUUGUCCACGCCCAAAUCCCCUCACGGCCGCUGUUCUACCAGACGUGGAAAUGUCCCUCUCUGAUGAACACUUCCGGACCACCCCUCACGCGGCGCCUGAAGACGUGGCUCACAGACCAGGAAAGAAUCUUCCGCAAGGUAGUCCUUGAAAAUACGGCGACGGGUUCGGAGACGGGACCGACACUUCAACUCCUCAAAGGAGCAGGAGACUCUUCCGCAGGCGGAGGAACGACCCCUGUCGAGCUGAAUGUGCGCGACCUGACGCAUUUCCGUCCGACACUGGUCAUCCUCCACGACGAGCUCGAGGCUUCCCUAGGCCGGGUGAAAGUGAAACGAGGCGGGCCAGAGCAGGCCAGCCUACGGGGACAUCGGGGUCUCAUCAGCGUGAUGGAGAGUCUUCGCGGGUCAGGGCUGCUACCUGUCAAGCAGAAGGCUGGCACUGGCACUUCUACUGACGGAUCGAAUUCAAAGGACGCCCACCCUCUCUCAAUCUUGCGAAUCGGCAUCGGAAUCGGCCGUCCCGCAAGCCGGGACCCGGGCGCCGUUGCCGACUACGUCCUCACCCAGAUGUCUGCUAACGAAUUGAGCGCGGUGCAGGCCGCCGCCGCUCCUGUUGUAGACAUUCUCAUGGAGGAACUGUACCGGAAAGACGAGAAUUAA